UAGAUAUGCCGCAGUGUCCACUGUGCCCUAGUUAGUGAGGCACCUCACCCAGUUACUGCCUCAAGUGAGCACAAACACUCCCGCCAUUGUUUACAUCCCAUAAGAAAGUGUCCCCCGCAGCCAUCAUGCGUAGAUCAUCCUCCCAAACACUCAUACGGUAGCUUGUGCUUCUCGAAAUACUUUGUGGGUUCGUCUCAAGACCAGCAAGUGUCUCAAGUUCAACAGCAUCCUCGUGAAUUGCUUCCCCUCAUACAGCCAGCCAAAUGUGAGGUGUUGACGUUGUGGCUAGUGGUGGUGGUGGUGGGGACGGCGCUGGAGAAGACGGCGCUUGUGGAGACAUUGGCGCCAAGACUUACUGGAGACGAUGGGGAGGCGACGAUGGCUAGGGGCAAGCUGCGGCCUCCUCCUGGCUGGCUACCUCACUCUCACUACACUCACAUACCUCAUACAGAUAGCCAGACCCACAGGGGAGAGUGAUGGGGUCGGAGCUGAGCAGUACACCCUGCCUUCCCUGGAGGAGGUGAUGCAGGGAGUCCACGAUCUGGAUGUUCAGCGUGUCCUCAGCAUGCAUCAGACUCACCACCUACAGGUGCCAGCCACGCCGCCAGUGAGGGUGGUGGUGUCGUCGACGUGGAGAAGCGGAUCGACGCUGCUAGCGGAGAUCUUGGCGGCGCACCCCGGGGUCUUCUACCACUAUGAGCCUCUCAUGUCAUACGGUCUGCAGCAGCUGGCUCCCUCCAACACCCACCAGGGGGAGGUGGAGAGGGUGCUGCGAGGACUACUGCAGUGCGACUACCGGAACGCUGACGACUACCUCAAAUUCGCCUUCAUCAACCAUGAGAUGUUCGUGCGCAACACGCGGCUCUGGUCCAUGUGUAGCGCCAUGCCACGCACCAAGUGCUACAACCCUGACACCUUGGCGCGCCUCUGCUCUCUCUUCCCCAUCCACGUCAUGAAGGUCGUGCGCGCUAGGUUAGAUCUCUUGGCGCCGCUGCUGCGGAACCCGCACGUGCGGCUAGUGUGGCUAGUGCGGGAUCCCCGCGCAGUCAUGAGUUCCAGAAGAAACAGCGUCUCCUGGUGCCAGACCCGCUCGUGCAGUGACCCUGGCUACCUCUGCUCUGACCUCCAGGCAGACUUCAGCGCCUACCUGCUUUUGAAGGAAGACUUCCCAGGGCAAGUAAUGUUGUUGCGGUACGAAGACCUCGCCCGCAGCCCAUACGACAAGAGCCGCGAGGUCCUCCAGUUCGCUGGACUCAGUUUCCAGCGUCAAGUCCAGGAAUAUCUAGAUGAUCACCUGACGUCUGAUGAGGACGAGCCCUGGAGCACCCGUCAUGACCCCAUGACUCGUGUGGGGCGCUGGAUGAAGAUCAUGCAGUUUGAGGACGUAAUGAGGACCCAGUACCACUGCCAAGGAAUUAUGAAAAACCUCGGAUACCGACUCUUCGCCUCAAAAUCCGACAUGGAUAAUGGGAAUGCUGUCGGACUCCUGAACAUUCCAUAAAGCUGACUUCUUACAACAAAAUAUGUGCAUAUUUUGUAUAUUUUAUAAGGCAUUUAUAACCAAAAAAUAGAAUAAACUGGGAAAAUUACUUUUCUACAUUAAGAUACUAAACUAUUAUAACUUAAAUCGAACAAAACGUUGCGUAGAUUGUAUGAAGAUACGGAUUUCCCCUUUAUUAGUGGUUUCUAUAAAUAUUAAAUAUUAUUAACAGAAUAUAUAUAUUUUGAAGUAGUGUUUGAAAAUAAUUAAAAAGAAUCUUAAGAUUUUAACAAACACAAAUGGCAUUACUGUCAGAAAAUUAUCUUGGAGAAACGACAACCUUCAGACGUGCACUACCAGGAAGGUGUCGGACUUCUGCACGUGUCUGCACGUAAGCUCGUGCUUCUGCACGUGUAGUCUGCGUGUCUCUGCACGUAGUUCUGUAGGUUUUGCACAAUUUGUAUGUCAAGUCAUUGUCUGUGAUAUAUAAGGCUUUCUAUAUAUGCUGAAGAUGUAUAUAUUUUCAUCUAUGUAAUGCUCAGACUUUAACCUUUCAAAUAUAUUUUAAGACUUAUUUUAUGAGAAAGAAUUAGACUACCUGACACUCUUAUAUACAUUUUACACCUGUUUCAAAUUCUAUUAAAUAUUUUUCAAGCACUGAUAGAAUUUCCACUACUGCAACCACCAAAUAAAACUUCAAAUAUAAUC